AUGGGUGCUCUUCUAUCACUGCCGCUUUUAGCGGUGCCUAGCAUGGGCACGCUUAUCACCCUUGGAGGCUCAUGCUGCGGAGCUGCGACUUGCUCUGCUGUCUGCAGCGCAUGUGGAAAGUUCCAAAACAGCAUGGCGACUCGAAUCGCAUAUGCCUUUAUCCUCCUAGUCAACUCCAUCGUCUCUUGGAUCAUGCUUACACCAUGGGCAAUGAAGAAAUUGCAAGGUCUGACUCUCGAUUAUAUGGAAAUUCAAUGCGACGGGAAGGAGUGCUAUGGUUGGGUCGCAGUUCAUCGCAUCAACUUCGGUCUCGCUCUAUUCCACUUGAUUCUUGCCCUCUUGCUCCUCGGUGUCAAAACAUCCCGCGACAGCCGCGCCGCGCUUCAAAAUGGCUUCUGGGGUCCCAAAAUUAUCGUUUGGAUGGCCUUCGUCGUCAUGUCCUUCUUCAUCCCAGAACCCUUCUUCUUCGUCUACGGCAACUAUAUCGCUUUCUUCUGCGCUAUGCUAUUCUUGCUUCUGGGUCUGAUCCUGUUGGUGGACCUGGCUCAUUCCUGGGCGGAACUUUGCCUUCGGAAGAUCGAGGAUAGCGACUCGCGCCUCUGGCGGGGUCUGCUUAUCGGAUCGACCCUCGGCAUGUACAUCGCUUCCCUCGUCAUGACGAUCUUGAUGUACAUCUUCUUCGCCCGCAGUGGAUGCUCUAUGAACCAGGUCGCUAUAUCGGUCAACUUGAUCGUUUUCCUGAUCAUCUCAUUCAUCUCGGUUCAGCCGGCCGUGCAAGAAUCAAACCCGCGCGCCGGGUUGGCGCAAGCUGCUAUGGUUACCGUUUACUGCACUUACCUUACUCUUUCCGCCGUCUCCAUGGAGCCGGAUACCCACAGUUGCAAUCCCUUAGUCCGCUCCAGUGGCGCCCGCACCAUCACAAUCGUUUUGGGCGCUAUUGUCACCAUGGCCACCAUUGCCUAUACCACUACGCGCGCGGCUACCCAGGGUAUCGCUCUGGGAUCCAAGGGCGGCCACGGCUACAGCGAGCUGGCCAUCGGGGAGAUGCGCGCCGAAGCUCUUCGAGCCGCAGUGGAGAGCGGUAGUUUGCCGGCCAGUGCUUUGGAUGAGAGCGACGACGAGGAUGAAUUUGAGACCAGCAGCAAGGAUGACGAGCGUGGCUCAACCCAGUACAACUAUUCUCUAUUCCAUAUCAUCUUCUUCCUGGCCACGACUUGGGUGGCUACCUUGUUGUCGCAAGGACUGCAGGUUGACACCGAGAUGGGUGACUUUGCCCCAGUAGGCCGCACCUACUGGGCCAGCUGGGUGAAGAUUGUUAGCUCUUGGGUCUGCUACGCGAUUUACUUGUGGACCUUGGUGGCGCCCGUUGUGUUGCCUGAUCGCUUUGCUGCAUGA